AUGUGGAUUGCUACAUUGGCAUUAUGUUUAGAUGAGGAUUAUGAACUGAUAGAUUUAAUGGAACAGAUGAAGAGGGAAGCAGGAGUUCGUGAGAAUUGUUUUGCAUCCUUAGGAUGGUUAUUACAUGCCAAAGGUGAGUAUGAAAAAGCCAGAAGCUAUGUUCAACAAUUAUUGAAUGAACACUCACUGUUAGAUGAACCGGCUAUACGACUUUGUUACAGUAUACUCGGUGGAGUUGCAACUGCAUUUAAGGAGUAUGACGAAUCCUUGAUCUAUUGUCAACAUGUCCUUAAAUUAUGUCAGAAAUGUGGUGAAGAUGCUCCUCUUCCUGUGGCUUACCAGGACAUUGGGGAAGCUUAUUAUUGGAAGAAAGACUAUGAUUUAGCAUUAGAAUAUGAACAGAAAGCACUUGAUCUGUUGCCUGAGGAACAUCUGCAACGUUCCUAUAUUUAUAGAGUAAUUGCUAGAGUAUACAGAGCUACAUAUCACUAUGAUUUGUCGCUAAGCUAUCAUCAAAAAGUAUUAGACAUUCAAAAAAAGCAUCUGCACGAAAAUCAUCUGGACUUUGCUGCAGCCUACAAUAGCAUAGCAGCCGUGUAUCAUAAUAUGAGGCUCUAUGAGAAAGCACUUGGUUACCUCAACAAAGCACUUUCAAUUUGUAAAAAGUCAUUACCAGUAAAUCAUCCAGAUACUCAACGUAUCGAAAGAAAUAUUUUACGAACUAUUAAUCAUUACAACAGAAAGAGGCAAUACAAAGUUAGUAACAUAAUACUUUUAUACUACUUAAAAAGUUUGAAGUCGGACUUACCUGAUACUGAACACGAAACCUGUUCUAUUUUAGUUCGUUUUCUUUUUGAUGGUGUUAUGUGAUUUCUAUUACAAUUUUAUAUUGUUUCUAAGAUUUUUGAACAUAGUAGGAAAAAUUGAAACUUUAAUGAUCACAAAUAAAAUCCAAAACUAAAUGUAGAGUAAUUGUAGUGAUUUUGAUUUUGAAGACUCUUGUGCAAAAGCUUGUGACCAUAUUUCUAUUAAUUACGUUCUAGGUUCUUGUCGGGAUCGAUUCUCUUCUUUUUACAAGAUCACUAUUGUGAAGAAUAAUCAAUGGAUGACGGAUUGGAAUUCUUAAUAAACAUUCAAGCAUAGAAAAGGUUGAAACACAUUCUUCCCGUAAAAGUUGAGCUUUUGUACGAUGUUCAAAGCUAAAGACCAGUCUUCUAUAGAGUAAAUGUGCCUAAUAAGAACGGACCUUUUAAGUUGCGAAGCUUUUCUUCACCGUAAAAUAAUUUCUUAAUCGACCUAUGCACUUCGCUUUGAAACUUCAAGCGCUAAAAAAGUCGGUUUUUCAAUCUUUCGCAAAAUGUUUAUCGCUUAUUGAGUUGUCAUUGUUGGACACGUCGUGCAGAGUCAUGAGUGGCCGCUUCAGUUGUUAUUGAAAAAGCGACAUAUCUUAAAAUAUCGUUAACGAGUUGAUACUUUCUGUCUCAAAUUAAACACUUUCUACACAAAACAGACAGAGUGCAAAUCUUCGUAGUUUUCAUUUUUAGGUGAAUCUUCGUAGUUCGGUCUUUAGUGAAAUAGACUGAUAAAACGUUGAUUCAUCGGUCAACAGAAUCGAUCAAACGUAGUCUCGACCACUUUGCCCUUGCCUGCCGCUGUGUUUUCUUUUCUUCGUACUUGAGAGUCAUUCGAUAGAUGGCCUAUCAUCGUUUCAUUUUCAAACCGAUCGGCUUUUUGCUCACCGCGGUGUCAAUAAAACCCAUCGGUGACCGGCGUACAACAAAAGCCGUCGUUAAACCAGUCGGUCUACCGAACGGUACGGUUUAGCGGCGGUUAUAUCUUGACCGGUCGGGAAUAGGCGGUAUUAUGAAAAAACGUGCGACAUGGGCUCUUUGCAUCGAGAUAUAUUCUCUUGUCGCUUCACCUGUAGUGUAGUUAUUUCACUUCCUAAUCUUCUCAAUGUUAUUACACUAACAGCAACAUCUAAAAACGUGAACAGAACAAGAGAAAUAAGGGAAAUAAUUUCUUGUUUCAUUUUUGUAUUAUGAAACCCAAAAAAAUAUUACAGACUACAUUCAUCCCUCAACUUUGUACGAGAGGACGGCCAAAGUUCUACCAUACGUCCUGAGUUCCUCUUACGACCUUACUGUCUUUUUAAAAAAACUUAAGAUUUCGUCUACUUCAGCUUUGCGAUUUCUGUCUGUACAGGAACCUUGUCAAGAGGCUACCCUCAUUUUGACCCCUGAAGUAGAAUCGUCGGGAGAUCAUGGGAAGUGUUUAUCUAGAAGUCUUCAACUGACCUAAACUGUAAUUACACGACGUAGUUCUUUCCGUAGUCGUAGAUGUUCGGGUGUCUGAUUGACAUCUUCAUCGAGCCAUAUCAAAGUGUAGGCUUCAAAGUUUACCAUCGUUUGACGAAGCUGGACACGUCGUGCAGAGUCAUGAGUGGCCGUUUUCAUCUUUAGGUGAAUCUUCGUAGUUCGGUCUUUAGUGAAAUAGACUGAUAAAACGUUGAUUCAUCGGUCAACAGAAUCGAUCAAACGUAGUCUCGACCACUUUGCCCUUGCCUGCCGCU